AUGACUAGUGCUACUAUAACAUCCGCUUUUUCAACCUCAGCCACCAUCAUCAAGCGGACCAAGGUGAGUCUGUAUCAAAAAACAGUAAUAAAUUCUAAAGUGAUAAAUUUUCCUCCAAGUACAUGUCAAAAAAAAACAAGAAAGAACUGAACCCAUUUUCUUGCUCCAAUUAUGAGCAUGAUAUGUUCUGAUUUUUAUGCAUGUCAUGCGGUGCUCGUAAAUUUCAAACGCCUGGACAAAUAAUUUUCCGCUCAUUUUACUACUUUCUCGAUUAUUUUCAGAACAGGCCACCAGGUCUUCUGGUCGGACGAGAUCGGUUCAUCUACGGACCGGAACGUCUUCGAAACAUGAAAAAUCCGGAUCCGGAAACGUCGGAAGAUGAUUACGUCGAACAUGACGUACACUUUUGGGUCACCAAAGGAGGAAAGUUUCUCAUUCGAAAGGUUUGUCUAAUUUUUUACCGUUUCCUUUUCUGCCGUAUCUCAGAUGUCAUCUGAAUAUAGGAAGUUUUGAAAAUAAGUCUGCAAGUCAAACUUCUUGAAUUUGGCGUAAAACAAGUAAUGUAUUCCGUUGCAAAAUUAUGAUAGAGGAUGUAGGACAGAUUGUACAUUCGAACAUUUCUUAGUCUAUUCUCAUUUUAUACCAAUAAAUUUCAGUUCAACGAUACCAAACGCGUGUUUGUUGUGUGCACGGAAGGAUUUGAAGCCAAGGUUAUAAACGUGGUCGGAUACUCAAUUCUCCAAAUCGUACUCGAUCUAACUGCUCUUCAACUCAUGAUGUAUGCCUUUCAGGACUGAAUAUACCCGGAACGUAAUGAGUCUUUCAGACUGCAUGAAGAAAUUGAGUACACUCGUCAGAAUCUGGCAAUCAUAACCACUCUCUUUUUCGCUACUCUUUUCGGAGCGAUUGUAGCGGUUUACCGGUGCGCCUUUGGAACGGCUCUUCUCAUGAUGACACAGAUUGUGAUUACCAUUGGGGUUUUGACGCACUACUCGCUACCAAUGAUUUUCAUGACAAUCAUAGAAUUCUGGGAGGAGAACAAGAUCCAUCCGAUCCAAUUGAACGUGAUGAAAGGAAUGCAAAACCUUGUCGGAACCGUUUUCAACCUCAUUUUUUACGCGGCGCCCACCAUUCUCGGAACAUGGUUCAUCUACUGUACCAUCAUGGUCACGUUUGUACUGCUUGGGUUUGAGGUGUGUACUGACAACUGCUGCCUCAACUGAAAGUCUAGUAAUUUCAGAUAUAUGACCGGAAAGAAGUUGAAAAGCUGCUGAAACCAUGUGAAACCAGGACAAAGGCCUCCACCACCCCCAAUAAGAUUUCUAAAAACACUACAGUCACUUCCAACUAUUUCAGCGACAGUCGCUCUAAUUAGAACUAUGUAUUGUUUCUGGACGGAUUGACAUUUUUUCAAAGUUGUCAGCUGAAAAUAUUUUCUGAUUACUCGAAUAAAUUGUUUUACUGCGUUCAGUACCACUGGUUUGAUGGAAUUGAACUAAAGAGCAGGGUGCUAUGAUAAUGAUAUUUGUAGAAUAUGCUAAUACAUUCUCCUAGUUGUGUUUUAUUAGAUUUCAUUCAAUUGGGCCCACCGAAUUACCUCUGUCAGCCAAGAACUUGACAGUUUGCACAAAGAAGUGGCAUUCUGUCAGGCUUUUCCGAUUUCUGAGGACUUUAGGUGUCCCGAAGGCCUAGAAUUGAUGCUAAAAUAUUGCAAUAGCUGUAUUUCAUCAGUUUCCAUCUACUUGGGUCUUUCGGAGUGCCAUAUCGCAUUUUCAAAACCCUGAAAGUUUACGGCCGAGUUUUCCUAUUCUGCAAAUCCUAGGCCACGCACCUUCCUUUUUAAUGUUUGUCGUCUCUCCCCACACACACACACACGCGCGCACUGCGGCCGCCUGCGCUCUCUCUUGUUUGAGCGCUCUUUUGUCACCCGCAUGUUGCUGCGUGAGGGUCAGGCGGAAUGGCCUCGCUAUCGAGACCACAUUUUCUCCCCCUUCACUACAAAAUUGAUUUUUCGGACGUUUUUUCUCAUUCUUUUUCUUAUUAUUAUUAUGUUUUUUUCAGCAAUGUGAGCAGAUUUUUGUUGCGCUUCUCUUGUCUUUCCUCAUAAAAAAAUUCGUGAAGUUUCAUCCAACCAACGUUUUUCAGGUAAAAAUUUUGAAGAUGACGUGCCUUCGUGCUCAAAAACGAUGGAAAAACACGUGGAAAUUCGAAAACAUCUUCCACUCUACAAACUGAUCAAUUUGUAGAGUGAACGGUUGGGAAUCCCUUUGUGACAACACUUUGGGUAAGCAUUUCUUAUAAAAAUGUUUUCCAUUUCUCAGAAUUUUCAGCAAUUCAACCAGACUUGCAACGGAUCGUGCCGGGCCAGCGAAAACCUCAAAUUCUCCGAGCCGUGGCCUUUCCCGGCCCGGAAAGCUCCAACUCAGUCGGUAUGUUUCCAAAGAUUUGAAAGACAUCAGAAAAAUUUGUCGCAAAACUGACUCUGUCGCACGAGUUUUCAUAUUUUUCUCGAAUAAAUUUGUUCGAAGUGAAACAUCCGGGCCGAAGCUAGCAAAAUCCUCGGCCCGACUCUAAAUCCUGCAAGUCUAAACUAUUGAAACAUAUUUUUCCGAAUGUUGAGUCUAAACUUUUGCAGAUAAUUAGGCUAUUGGACUUUUUUUUCAAAUCCGAGGCAUAUGUAAUUUUUCUUCUUUUUUAGAGAACACAUCACGGCAAACCCAACCCAUCUUCGAACUUCACGAGUAA